UCUGGAUGAAAGCAGAGAUCCUGUCAGUGUGUGCAGUGGCUGCUCAUCUCAUCUCACAACUGUACUAACCACUGUCUAUAUGAAACCAACUGCUCCUCAAACGUCUGACUUCGACUGACUCUCUCAAACCUAAAGGGUUAAUUAAAGCAAACAACUAAAAUACCUCUCUUUUUUUUCCCUCCUCCGGAGGAUAUGGAGAGCCACCUGCCAACUUCUAAGGAGUAAAACCCCUCACUCCCUGUCUCUCUUUCCUUCCUUCUGGAACUCUUCUGCUCUCUCUCUCUCUCUCGGAGUAUUUCACCCUGACUCCUUAUAUUUUACUCCUGGCAGAGAGAGACUCCCGUGGAACCCCGGGUUCCGGUGCUGUCGGCAGUAAGUUGGAGCGCUCUGGGAACUUGGCGAACUUCCCCGUCUGUGCCUCUGUCUGUUCCGGAGUAGGAGAGAGAGACGGAGGGAGAGACGGAGGGAGAGACGGAGGGAGAGACGGAGGGAGAGACGGAGGGAGAGGGCGGUAGCAGUAGUUGAAGCAGCCCUGCAGACGAACACUCCUCUGGAGACCUCAGGACCGGCUAGAACCAACCAGCAGGACAUCGAGCUGGUGAUACGUCCCCAGGGACAGGCCACCAUGAUGGGCCAGCGUCUCAACCGCCUCUCUGUCCUGGGGCUACUCUUACUGCUCCUGGACCUGGAUGUUAGUCACGGCUCCGCUGCUCCCGCUGAGGACGAGGAUUACUACAUGCAGGAGUUACUCACCAGGGACCACUACUACCACACGGCACCUGAGGAGGAGAUGGUACCACCCGUUCCCCCCUUCGAAGGGGCCCGAGGGACCGACAGGAACAAACGUCCCCCCAGCCUGGAGAAGACCGACAGGAUCAAACGUCCCCCCAGUCAGAAGGAGACAACCAACAGGAACAAACGUCCCCCCAGCCUGGAGACGACCGACAGGAUCAAAAGUCCCCCCAGUCAGAAGGAGACAACCAACAGGAACAAGCGUCCCUCCAUCCAGAAGGAGGCGACCGGCAAGUCGGAAAACGUCAGACAAACAGACAAGACCAGGGUCACUGAAACAAAGUCAGUGAAGAAUGGAAACAAGAAGGAUGAGAAGAACAAAAAGGGAAAGUUGAAAACUCCCAACAGCAUCAACGAGGGAUAA